AAGAGCUAGGGGAAACAUGUGAGCGCUCUGAGGAUCUAGUGAGAGACAAUUUUGUGCUUACUUUUUUGACCCAAUGCACUGUGCUGAAACGGAUUUUAAAUCAGAAGGAAGGACACAAGUGAAGCUUACUGCAAUUCUCAGAGCUUUCUUAUCCUUUGCUUUGUUUUCUUUACGAGAGAAAAAUGUGUAUUUCUGGGGUAUGCCAGCAUAACCAGCACUACCAUUAAUUUAUUUUAAAUAACAUUUUUUUCUCUAGCAAAUAUUUAAUUCUGAUUACUUUAUGCGUAUACCUUUAUUAAACUAAAUUAUUAUAAUCGUUUACCUGUGAUACAGCAUAUAUAAAUAUAGAGAAUAUAGUAUUUUGUAGGUUUGCACCGUUGCUUUCAACAGUGAUUUCUCUCAUAAAUUUUGGUUCCUACGUUUUUUCAAUAUGAGGCAUUUGAAAUUUGUACUCGUGUUGGCUAUUGCAGUCAACGUUUGGGAAUGUGGGGAUUCCAAAUUUGGCGAGAAGGGGGAAAUAAGCCCGAGGAGAAGGAGAUGUUACGACGGGAGCAUGCCCAAGCGACUGAAGAAGAGGGAAAGAAAACUGUCAGUGGACAGCGAUGCAAGCAGCGGGGAAGUUUGUCACAGGUUGUACCCUCGUGUGUCAUGCUGCCCAACCAGGCGUGCUGCUUAUCAGAUAGUCCACCGGCGUGAUGCCAGGAUCUUCUCCACCAAUAACACGGAGUGCAGCCGUCUCCUGGAGGAGAUCAAGUGUGCACACUGUUCGCCCAACGCCCAAGUGCUGUUCCACUCCCCCGAGUCGGACAAGGUCCCCCUCAGGGAGCCCCACCUGCCACGCCUCUGCCAGGACUACUGCCGUGAGUUCUACUAUACCUGCCGCGGACACAUACCAGAGCUGUUCCAAGCCGAUGUGGAUGAGUUCUGUCAAUACUACGGACGGCGGGACGGAGGCCUGUGCUUCCCAGAUUUCCACCGAAAGCAAACACGGGGACAGGACUCCAACUACUUGGGAGAUGAGAAAGUCGAAGACAUCAACAGGAAGCACAAGCACAACUGCUACUGUGCCCAGGUGGUGCUGAGUGGGCUGAGGCAGCCAGUAGCCGUGGUGCACUGUGGGGACGGAUCCCAGCGCCUCUUUGUCCUGGAGAAGGAGGGCUUCGUCCGGGUGCUGACCCAUAACAUGGAGCUGCUGAAAGAGCCUUUCCUGGACAUCCACAAGCUGGUGCAGACCGGACUCAAGGCAGGAGAUGAAAGGGGUCUGCUAGGUCUCACAUUCCACCCCAAUUACAAGAAGAACGGCAAGCUGUACGUCUCCUACACCACCAACCAGGAGCGCUGGGCCAUCGGACCGCACGACCACAUUCUGCGCGUGGUCGAGUACACCGUCUCCAGGAAAAACCCCAACAUGGUGGACAGUAGGACCACGCGGAUGCUGAUAGAAGUGGCAGAGCUGCACAGGAAGCACCUGGGAGGACAGCUGCUGUUUGGCCCUGACGGCCUGCUGCACAUCGUCCUGGGAGACGGCAUGAUCACCCUGGACGACAUGGAGGAGAUGGACGGCCUCAGUGAUUUCACAGGGUCUGUGUUGAGGGUGGACGUGGACACAGACUGCUGCACGGCUCCCUACUCCAUACCCAGGAACAACCCCUACUUCAACAGCACCAACCAGCCACCAGAAAUAUUUGCCCACGGACUGCAUGACCCAGGCAGGUGUGCCGUGGACCGGCAUCAUACGGAUAACAACGGGAGUCUCUUGAUCCUGUGCACGGACGCCAGCGGUAGGAACGCGUCUGCAGGGAGAAUACUGGCGAUCACUAAGGGGAAAGACUACGAGAACGAGGCGUCCAUCUUUGACCUGGCGACUAGUGGAGGAGCAGCACCUGUGGGAGGGUUCAUCUACAGAGGCUGUCAGUCCAGGAGGCUCUACGGGAGCUAUGUGUUCGGAGACAAGAACGGGAACCUGCGGAUCCUCCAGAAGGGCUCAGCGGCAGCAGGGGACCAGUGGCAGGAGAAAGCUCUGUGUCUGGGGACCAGCAGCUCCUGUGGCUCCACUCUGGUGGGACAUAUCCUGGGCUUCGGAGAGGACCAACUAGGUGAAGUGUACAUCCUGGCCACCAGUAAAAGCAUGGCUCAGUCACACAGUGGGAAGCUCUACAAGCUAGUGGACCCUAAAAGGCCCACGGUCCCUAAGGAGUGUCAGAGACAGGUGGAGGCCCCGGAGCUGCUGGGAACGGCCUGCUCACGGCAGUGUAAGAACGGACACUGCACCCCCACCGGGAAGUGUUGCUGCAGCACCGGCUGGGAGGGACCCUUCUGCAGAGUGGCUAAAUGCGAGCCGGCCUGUCGUAACGGAGGCGUGUGUGUUGAGCCCCACAGCUGCUUGUGUAAGAGCGGCUACUCGGGCGCCCAGUGUGAGAAGGGCGAGCGGGGCAUGCCUAGCGACCAGGAGAACGACGGCAUCCUGGACCACAUCAUAGACAUGACCUCGUACCUGCUGAACCUCACUAGCUACAUGGUAUAGGGGCAUGGGGAGGGGGUCCACUCCCACCGCAACCCCCUCCGGGCCCCCUCACUCAACCACCGGAGAAGCCCAAGCAGAGCCUCCCUCCUCCGUGAUUCACCUCUGAGACACACCCCCCUGUCUGAACGUACCCUGUCCCCGUCAACACCCAGACUCUGGUCAUCUUCCUGCCCAUAAGCUCCGGUAGGCUACGUACACCAGGCAUCCAGGCCAAGCAUCCCUCCAGAGACCAUCACACAGACAGACACAGCAACGUGAUGGUUGAAUGCAUGGCAAUCGUCGUCUAAUGGUUGGACCUCCACCGUGGCUACAUAAGCUCUUUUAUACUCUUCUUCUCCAGGAGAAAGUUAUUCUCUCUCUCCCACUCUGGAACCUCCAUGCAGAUGACUUGAUAUUAGCACUGCACCCCUGCUGAGAACAGAGGGAGACCCCCUCGCGUUCUCUCCACACAACAACAAAAAAACUGCGGCCAUUUUGACUGAAGCCUUACAGAGAGCGAAGGGGAGUCGGCUGAGCUGAAACACGGCGAGGCGGGCGGAGGCGUGGUGACUUAAGUUAUCCCCCAGGACUGGAGAGUGGACAGCCCAAUACUGGGGGUUAGCUUUGGGUCUGCCUUCACCAACACAACACAGUCUAUAUACAGCCUUUAAAUGAACAUGCCAAUCUCUUCAGCAUCAGCAAUGCAAUAAUACUGACACUGACUGAAGAGUUUCUGAUAAUCUUACUGUACCGUGUAUAGAGCCCCAUACAGAGACCUGUACUAUCUUGUCUAAAGGCGCUAAUAUGAACGGCCAAUAGACCAAUGUCACAGUAAUAAUAAUGAUUAUUGUUAUUUUGACCCACUGUUUUCUCCGGGUGAUGUUUUGUGGGCACAUCUUCAUAGAAAAAGCUACGUUUUGAUACUUCAUGAUACAGCGGUAUAGAUUUGUUGUUCAUCGCUCACUUGACAUGCUGCCAAUGUACAGAAUGGAUCCAUAGCUGAAGAAUGAGUGUCUUUGGACUCAACAGGUAUCGAUAGAGUUUAUAUGGGUGUGUCCCAAAUGGCACCCUAUUCCCCGUAGAGUGCACUACUUUUGACCAGAGCCCUAUGGGCCCACGUCAAAAAUAGUGAGCAUCAUACGGAACAAGGGUGCCAUUAGGGACAGAGUCUAUGACAUUGUUAGGAUAGAGCUCAUAGCUUUGCACUCCCAAUGUCAACGCCAGUUUGAUACAUUUGAAAUGGAGUCAUCAACUCCACGCACUGUAAUGUAAUGUUUUUUUGUGUUUCACAAUCAAGGGCAGGCGAUUAUGUUGGGACUAUAGUACGGUGUCAUACAGCAGUGACGUUGUCACACACUAACCCAGUGGCACGCAGCAGGUCAAAUCUCACUCUUAAUCUCUCACACUGAACACACACACACACACUAACCCAGUGGCACGCAGCAGGUCAAAUCUCACUCUUAAUCUCUCACACUGAACACACACGCACACACUAACACAGUGGCACGCAGCAGGUCAAAUCUCUCACACUGAACACACACACACACACUAACCCAGUGGCACGCAGCAGGUCAAAUCUCACUCUUAAUCUCUCACACUGAACACACACGCACACACUAACACAGUGGCACGCAGCAGGUCAAAUCUCUCUCACACACACACACACACACACACACACACACACACACACACACACACACUCGUUACACAACUUCAGUGGUAGUUCUACAGGGACAGAAGCUGAUGUAUAUUUCAUACAUAAAGAGCUGAACUAAGUACUACUUAGCCUUGCUAAAUAAUAUAGCGUUACUAUUGUUUCAAUAGAGGAGGGUUUAUUUUUUUAACUGUGAUAAUGUAUGGGAGAGGACGGUGUUUGUAGAAAGUGGUUUUGCAUUAAGCUUAAAAAAAUCAUGUUUUCUUUUUCUUUUUUUUGUCUUAUUUUUGCUAACACACAAACACAAUGUAUGCAGUGUUUUUCCACUGUAUAAAAACACACAGUGACACAUGCAGUACAGAUCAGCACCGUGUGUUAAAGGCCACGCGUGUCUACACCUGAAUGGGAGCAACCGACCACUGAGACACAACACAAGGCUCUCUCUGUGUUUCCUUCCCGUAGUGCCUCUGUCUGUGGCGCUCAACUGCAGAAUAACGGUCGCUGUUUGGUCUUUGUUUUAGGCCAACAACUUAUUGGAGCCUGUUCCCAGUCGGAUGAGAAGAGUUCCUCCAGGUAGAUCAGAUGAAAGGUGGUUUCACACCAGACGCUCUACUCUACCUACUGUGAGAAGUUCAGAUAAGACAGAUGGAAUGAUAAAAUGUGUCAAGUAUGAACCCAGACUUCUUUGAUCCACUUUGUGGUGAACUGUGAUCCCUUAACAAAUGAACAGCCUAAAGAAGACGUUGCUCAUCUGAAAGCCAGGGAUCUAAACCGUCUUCAGGGAGCCAAACGACAAUUAAAAAAAGACUAAUUAUGUUGGAGCCCAUCGAUGUGUUGACUUUCUUCAGAAGACUGUAUAAAACACAUCGCGUAACGCCACGAAUCUACAGGUUGAUCAGGAUUGGUUCAUUUGAUAUAGUGCCAUUGCAAAUUCCUUGAUACCGUAUUAAUUUUGAGUCUCCUGACAGUAGUUCAGCAAAGAUCAAAGCACCUUCUAACAUCUUGUGCCAAUCUGCCCCCCACACAAUUGGAAUGUCUUUAUUUCUAUGAUCAUAUUUUGUUUUGAGUUCUCGUUCUAAGCAUGGUUAGAAGUGUUCUCUCUCUCUCUCUCUCUGUUUUUCUCCUCUGUAUCUUCAAUGACAGCAGUUGUUGAACCUGUGUCUCGCCAGUGUUCUCUCUGGUCUAUAAUGUGUCAAAUGGAACUCAUGCUGUAAAGUCCAUACUAUCAUUUUAGCACUUAAUGUGAAACUUACAUUUUAGCUGCUGAGACGGCGUGGUGUGAAUAAAAUAGAGUAACCGUUUUCAUUAUUUAAGUAGUUACGCAAACAAAGUUAUUUAAGUUCUCUACAAUUGUUUUUGCCGCUGUAUGUGAGGAUUUUGAUUUUGAUCAUGUAUUGUAAAUAAAACCUAGGGCUAUCUUUGUUUCUUUUCAGAAAUAUCUAUAUGUCUAUUAAAGUUUAUAGCAUGUC